GCGAGGCGGCCGGUGGGCCGACGCCGCCUGCGGGCUCGGGAACGGGCGGCGCCGCCGCGGGAGGCGCGCGGCCAUGGCGGCGCGGGCGGUGCUGGACGAAUUCACGGCGCCCGCCGCGAAGGCGACGCUGCUGGAGCGGGGCCGCGGCCGCAUCGAGGGCCUGUUCGGCGUGAGCCUGGCCGUGCUGGGCGCGCUCGGCGCCGAGGAGCCGCCGCCCGCGCGCAUCUGGGUGCAGCUGCGCGGCGCGCAGGAGGCGGUGCACAGCGCCAAGGAAUAUAUUAAAGGAGUCUGUGAACCUGAACUAGAAGAAAGAGAAUGUUACCCCAAGGCCAUGCACUGCAUUUUUGUUGGGGCGCAGAGCCUGUUUCUGAAGAGCUUGAUUCAGGACACCUGUGCCGAUCUCUGCAUUCUGGACAUUGGUCUUCUCGGCAUCAGAGGCAGUGCCGAAGCUGUGGUGAUGGCUAGGAGUCACAUUCAGCAGUUUGUAAAGCUCUUUGAGAAUAAUGAGAACUUACCCAACAGUCAGAAAGAAUCAGAGGUGAAAAGGGAAUUUAAACAAUUUGUUGAAGCUCGUGCAGAUAAAUAUACAAUGGACUUGUUGAUUUUGCCCACUUCCUUGAAAAAAGAACUUUUGACACUCACACAAGGUGAGGAGAAUCUAUUUGAAAGAGGAGAUGAUGAUGUUCUUGAAAUUAGAGAUUCUAAACAAACAGAGUUUACACAGAAUGCCGCCACAGGGCUGAAUGUUUCCAGAGAUGAAAUUGUUUUGCAGGAAGAUGCAAGAAAUAAAGCUGGGACUCCUGUUUCUGAGCUUACGAAACAAAUGGAUACAAUCUUUUCUAGUUCACAAGAUGUACGUUUUGUUCCAAUAAAUGGUCUAACCCCAGAUGAAGAGGCACUUUCCAAAGACAGAGUAUGUCACAAAAGGAGAUUCUCUGAUUCUGAAGAAAGGCAUACCAAGAAACAAUUUUCUUUGGAAAAUGUUCAGGAGGGGGAGCUUUUUCAUGAUGGUAAGACAGUACCUGGAAGCGUAAUCAUUGACGUAUCUGAUUCUUCUACUGAUCCUGAAAAUUUAAGUCCAGAUAUAAAAGACACUACUGAGGAAAUGGAAUACAACAUCCUCGUAAACUUUUUUAAAACCAUGGGCUAUUCUCAAGAAAUUGUUGAAAAGGUCAUUAGGGAAUAUGGGCCAUCCACAGAGCCAUUAUUGCUCUUAGAGGAAAUUGAAAAAGAAAAUAAAAGAUUCCAAGAAGAUAGAGAGUUUUCACCCGGUACUGUGUAUCCAGAGACCAACAAAACCAAAAAUAAAGGUGGUUGUAGCAGCAUAAAGGAGCUUACAGCAGAUUCCACUCCAAAGAAGACACACACUCACACACAGCAAAACAUGGUAGGAAAAUUUCCUCAGUUACCGUUCAAAGUAGAAUCAAAACCAUGUACCUCAAAUUGCAAAAUUAAUACUUUGAGAACAGUGCCAAUAGAACAGAAAGAAGAAAUCUGGAGUUCAAAUCAGAACUACGUGUGUAACAUAGACCUUGAAACUGAUGGCCCUUCACCCUCUGUUGCCCCUUCUAGUCCCAAAGAAGUUGUCAGUUUUGUUUCAAGAGGAGCUUCAAGCCAUCAGCCCAGAAUUCCAGUUUUUCCUGAAAAUGGUUUACAGCAUCAAGCAGAACCUUUGCUUCCAAAUAAUGUGAAGUCUGCCUAUGAAAACCGUUCGGGAUAUUGUAGCUCUCCUCAGUCUAAACCGAAUUGUCCACCCCUCUCUCCACCGAUGCCGCUGCCCCAGCUCUUACCUUCAGUUACUGAUGCAAGGUUGGCAGGACCUUCUGAUCAUAUUGAUUCCUCAGUUACAGGGGUUCAAAGGUUUCGCGAUACUCUGAAGGUACCCUACAAGCUGGAGUUAAAAAAUGAACCGGGGAGAACGGAUUUGAAGCACAUUGUUAUAGAUGGGAGCAAUGUUGCAAUUACCCACGGUCUGAAAAAGUUCUUUUCUUGUCGUGGAAUUGCAAUUGCAGUUGAGUAUUUUUGGAAACUUGGCAACAGAAACAUCACUGUAUUUGUCCCGCAGUGGAGAACAAGGCGUGAUCCUAAUGUCACAGAACAGCACUUCUUAACCCAGCUCCAGGAGCUCGGAAUAUUAUCUUUAACUCCUGCACGGAUGGUCUUUGGAGAAAGAAUUGCUUCUCAUGAUGACAGGUUUCUACUGCACUUGGCGGACAAAACUGGUGGCAUAAUUGUAACAAAUGAUAACUUCAGAGAAUUUGUGACCGAGUCGGUCUCUUGGAGAGAAAUUAUUACAAAAAGGUUGCUGCAGUAUACCUUUGUGGGGGACAUAUUUAUGGUUCCUGAUGAUCCUCUGGGAAGAAGUGGACCUCGAUUAGAAGAAUUUCUUCGGAAGGAAGUCUUCCCUAGAGACAUGCAGCCCUUACUCAACGCCCUGCCAAAUGUGGGCGUGUUUGACCCCAGCUUCCGAGCGCCUGGUGCCCAGGCAGCCGGCACCAGCCACCAGCCUCCGGCCCGGAUUCAGGGCACCCCACCCAGCCACUGGCUUCCCCAGCAGCCCCGCUUCCCACUUCUGUCCAGCCUUCCCGGUAUCCAGCAGAAUCUGCCCAUGCCGGCACAGAGGUCUCCUGCGGAAACCCACGAGCUGAGGGAGGCCCUCCUGAAGAUCUUCCCCGACUCGGAGCAGAAACUGAAGAUCGACCAGAUCUUGGUGGCCCAUCCGUACAUGAAAGACCUGAACGCGCUCUCUGCCCUGGUGCUGGAUUGAAGGCCGUCGGGGGCUGGCGCCCAGGGCUCAAGAGCGCACCCAGGCUCAUGUCUGCACAUGGCAGCAGGAAGUGACAUAAUGUGAAGAAAUCCAUUUCCCAGUGGAAAUACUGUUGUAGUGUAUAGAGGAAAAACGAACAGGUGUUUUGUGUAUAAAAAAAUCUGGGUUUUCAAAACCAGCUUUUUUCUAUAUAUAAAUUAUGCUGCUAUUACAGAUUUAACAUUUUCUGUAAAAGGAAAGUCUACAUUUUCUGCCUGUUCAGAACUGUUUAAUAGCAGUUACUCUUGAGUGUAUUUACAUUUUUAUGUUUUUUAAACUAUUUUCCUUAAAGCUGAAAAUAUUGACAAAUGGAUAUGACUAGCCUUUCUAAAUAAAAAAAGAGUUGCUUUCUUAGUGAAAGCAAGACCUCUUAAAGUAUAUUUUCUUGAGAUGACCAUGUCGCGUCCACUAACAUGAGGUGUGCCCACCCCUCCCAGCCUCCUCUGCCCUUGACCCUGGAUUUAGCGUUGGCAGGUGUGGGUUCUGCUCCUGUGGGUCUUUGAGCCAUUUGUAGAAGUGGAUGAGUUGUGGCGCUAGAUGGCACCUUGUGCUAGUCAUUCUCGGUGACCAGGGCCAACUUCGACUCACAGAGUAUCAGGGCUAAAAGAAACUUUAGAGCCCAUCUAGUCCAGCCCUGCUUCCGUUCCCACCCUACAGAAGAGGAACGGAGGGUCAGGGUGCUCGCUGUCUGGACAUGCCCAAGUCCACAGCUGUGGAGCGGCCAGGCAGGGGCCGGACUCCUCGUCCAGUGCUCUGACACACUCACCAGGCCGAAGCCGCGCAUACCUGACCUGACUCUAGAAGUCACGUUGUAACCUCUGAAGAUAAUAGUGGAGUGUGAGGAAGUUUAUUGAAGAGCUCCGUUAUUAUGGUAAUUUCGUGUCCACAACCUGGAAGACUCCCCAUGUGAAGUUUUUGCAACUUUGCCAAAAAGUGGCUUUCUGUUCUCAAGAAUGGCCCAAUAAAUAGCGUUAGUGGCUUCUGUGGGGGCCCCGAGCCCCUGUAUUUGUUUUUCCUGUGUCUGUCUCUGCGGUGCCCUCCCAGCCCCCUGCCUGUGCGUCCUCCUCAGCAUUGACAUCUUAGUAUUGUGUUUUCAGUGUUGCCCACGCUCCGUGCCCGUGAAGUUCUUUUCCUGGGUAAUUAAUUGUUGGCAUCUUCACUGUUCUCUGGGCCUCCAAAGGGCUCUGUAUCUUGUACCUGUUCUCUCCCCAGGCUGCUCCCGGUCAGUCUCGCAUCUGCCCUGUGGCCUGUGUCUCCUGACCCCCAGAAACAGCUGCUCAGGACGCCAUGCUGAUUUGUUCUUCGUGGUGACGGGCUUUCUUGGCCACAAGCAGAGCUGGGUGGCCCCUGGGAUGCUCCCUCCAGGCGUAUUCGAUCCCUACAUCCGUCACGGGAUGAAGCCUGAGUCCUCCAGGUGGCUAGACUUGCCCUUUAGUCGUGUUUUCAUCUUGGAUGCCUUUAAGAUGCAUCCCAAUGUGGAACUAGUUGUCAGCUGUUGCUUUGGGGCAAGUUGCCUGAGUCACCCAGCUUGUGGCCAUGGAGGUCGAAGACUUGAGGAGGGCCAAGAAGUGACUGCAGUCACAGCCCCCUCAGCUUCCAAACUGGUGGUUUCUAAAAGCACAGCAGACCUGUGAGGCCUGGGGCCGCCUCGCGGUGACUCUAAAUUUCUGGGUCAAGGUUUGGUCUAGCAGCCUUGCCAAUCCAGUAUCUCUCCUCUGUCUCAGAGAAGGACCCAGGAGGGCACCUUGACUGCCGCGGCUUUGCCACGGGUCUUCCUGGACAGAGGCUGAGCCUCCCCUCAUGCCACAUGGAGCUGGUUAGGCCUGGGGGUCAGGAUUUUUCUCUGGAAGUGACUUGCCCUUUGAAUUUUGUAAACCUCUGUGUUCUGUUGUUUCUGAGGGCUGCCUGCCCCUUUCCUCUGCCUCAGGGCUGGGAAGGAAGGAUGUGGAAGACUAAGGUGGGAGGAGGACAGAAAAGCAUUAAUUGCUUACCUUGAUAAAUUAUAACAUGAAACGUAAUUCAUAGUUCUUUCUGACAUCCAUCAAGUUUAGUUAAAUUUAAUAUUCAAAAACUCAGUUUUCAAACCAUUAAAAAAAAGCUGUCAUCACUUGUCCUCAGCCUCCCUUCACACUAGGCUCAGUGUUGAUGCUGCAUAAAUGUUUCUAGAUAGUCUGCCUGCCAUGGUCAGUUCCGAACCCCCCUUGGGCGUGUCAGCAACACGCUUCCUCGUUUCCUAGCUCCUUCAGGCUUCCAUGUCUAGUGGCUCUGCAUCCUGUAUUUCAUGGCAUCCUUGUCAAGUAGGUGACGGCACAGGAUGCCACCUUUGUUCAGUAGUCUGCGGUCUGGUGCUCAGGUCGUCCAGGGUUAAAGAACAAGGGGGUCCUGCUGAGUGACUCCCAGCCUCGUUCUUCCCCAGGCCCUAGGCUGUCUCCUCUGGGAGAAGACAGAUGUGUUUGACCUUUCUGUCAAGUAGCCCAUGUUUGAGACUCUACAAGGCUGCCAGCUAGGAAAACAGUAAGAGGGCAUCUCAGCCACCCUGGAUGACGGGUCAGCAUUGUCUGGCAGGCUUAACUGGGGCUUGGUGUGGCCCGGGACUCAGGCCUGCUGCAGCUUUUGGUCAGUAAGAAAAGGGGUGGCUUCUUGCUUACUUGGACUUGUGGCACUUGUGAAAUAUGAUGCACACAUAGAAACCCAUGUUCUCCGUGCUGCUCUUAGCAGUCGCCACCCCACGCCCCAAGUCCUCUGCCCGUUCCCCCAACCGUGGGAAAUGGCCCCAGGCUCUGGGCCCACUGAAGAUGGGACUUGGCACCAUUCUCCCCUCAGAUCCCAGCCUGCCUCCCACACACCUCUGAGAUGGGGCCUUCCUUUGAGAAUCCCUUCCCACUUCCACCUCUCCGCCAACACUUCCGUCUUCUCGCCUGGCCUUCCCUCCUGUGCCUCUGGGCUAUCUCCUCUCAUCUCCCAACUGCCGUUUGACACCCUCCAUCUCUUCAUUGUCUACCUCCCCGUUAUUCCCCACUUACUUCGGAUCCUUUAGGUUAAAAUAAAGUGACCUCAUUUCCCCUAAGAAUCGCCUCUGUCCGUUGCCCCUCUCCCUCUCCUUCCCACUCCUCACCUCCCAGUUCGUAAACGUGGAGCCCACUGCACCGUGUGGAAACAGUCUAGACGGAGUCAUCGGGGACACGCCAUUGCCGAAUUCAGAGGCCUUUUCUCCAUCCUUAAUCUUAGUGUCCCUACUCAAUGACCAUGGCAUUUGACCGUGUUGACCUUAUUUUCUCUAUUUUCUGAGAUUUCCGUCUCUCCUAAAUGGUCUUCAUUUUUCUCCUUCUUUUACCCAAAGGCCAGUCCUUAACACCCUUCUUUUUCUCGACAGGUGUUUUUAAACUUUGGACCAGCCGCGGCACGCUUGGCGGGGAGGGUGGUGCUUACUAAAAUGCAGAUUACUGCGCACUACCCCCCAGGUAAAGCCUGGAAAUCUGCAGCUUAGCCAGUUCCACAGAUGAUUCCCAUCAGGUGGCCCCAGGACCACAUUUUGAGGAACUGCACUCACCCUUAGGGAUCAUCACUCUUUCCUAACUCCAGCUGUCCCCUCUCUCAGUGACUUCUAGUCCCACCUCUGGCCCUGCCCUUCAGGCGUGUGUUUUUCGCUCUACCUGGAAGCCCUGGGACAUCCUCAGAUGAACUCCCCAGACCGUCACCCUGCGUCUGUUCCUUGCUGUCCUUUCCCAGGCACCCUGCUACGAGAUCCCCUAACCCCCCAUGUCCCUUUCUCGUCAUGGCCCACCAGUUGUGCUCUCAUGGCCUCCCUGCGGGCGUCAGCCCACCUCACGGUUCUUCCCCGCUCCGCCCCAGACACCACAGCACUGCCAGGUUUAUCUUCCAAAAACACAUUUCUGGUCACCCCUCUUCCUGUUCAGUGGUCUUUGGUGGCUCUUGACCAGAGCACCAAGUUCAGCCCUCCCUGAGCUUAGCAUCCUUGGCUGACUACCUCCCAGCCGUGCUCGAUUGCUCACUUUGUACAGCCCUGCACACACUCACUGCGGCCACACACGCGUCCUCAGCUACCUGUGGGCUCCUGCCUCUGCCUGGACCUCUUCCUGCUGGAAAUGCCCUUUCUCUCAAAUGGCUUCCCCUGCAAAGGCCCCGCCUGAGUCCUCUUUGUACCCUUGCCCAAGGCUUCCAACCAGAAGCAACCCCUUGUUGUUCUGUGGCCCCACAGCACUGUGUCUCGCUUUCAGCACUCGCUGCUCUGGCUGGAGUCCUGCAGCUGACUGUACUGUCUGACCUCCCUCUCUAGACUGUGAGCUCCUCGCGGGCAGGGACCGUCUUUGUUCACUCUCUGUAUUUCCCGUGGCACCUAGCACUGGCCUUGCACUUAGUAGGUGCUCAAUAAAUGUCUGCUCAAUUGA